AUGGCGUUUCGAGUCCCCAGCCAGAUCCCGCAGCGGCGGCCUUCGUUUCAAAAUGCCUCGCGUUCUGCUCAGUCCGCCGACGACGCGGUGGCAGACGCCCUCCGCCCCCGCGACGACGACCACCAGGAAUGGGUGCUCUUUUCUCCCGAAACCGCACACUCGAGCGUAGCUCGCACACAUACCACAUCCACAGAACGAACUCCCCGUACUGCGGGCAGGUCACGGCUAAGUGAUUUCGGCUCACUGGGGACAGCUUUACACUCUGGCACCGGAGAUAUCGACCUUGAACCAGAGCAAGAUGACCUGCUAGAAGAAGACGCUACUGAGCUCGACAGUCUUGAUGAUGGACUGCAUGCCUUCCGGGAGCCUUCUGCCUACGAACCCGUGGGAGACCAACUUGCUCCUCACCAAAGUGACCCUGCCGUACUUCCCGCCCAUGAUGGCCUGGGGACUUUUCCCGUCUCCAGCUUGCAAAUACAAGAACAACUGUGGAAACAUGAAAAGUUCAACCCCAAUAGAGUACGUGAGGCAACGCCCCUCCAAAUACCACCUAUGCAGCAACCUUUCGGCUCAGUCGAAGAAUUUCAACCUCACGACAUGGACCUGGACCGAUGGGAACGGGUAGAACAAUGGCGUAUGGAACAAAGCAGGUUUUUGCUGCAAGAAAUCGAAAAGGAAACCAGACGAAGGCGGAAAAAUCGUUCAGGGCAUACACUCCAACGUGCUGGCCGACGAUCAUCUGCAGCCACCAUAGAUAGUAUUCUCGAAACCCAAGCCCCCGCUGAUGAAAUAUUAUCUUCUGAAGAAGGUACGUCGAAGGAUUCGGAAGAAGAGGAGUCUUUCUGGAGGCGGAUUACACGUAAAGUGAUUCGAGAAUUGAUUGGUAUCGACGACAGAAUCCUUGCUGUCAUUUUCGGGGAAGCUCUCGUGGAAGAAGUUGAAGAAGAACAGACUGCACAGAAGAACCAAGAUCGAUCGAACCCAGGAGCUUUGCAGUCAGGUAUCAGAAUCGCUUCAGAGCGACCUAAAGACCUCGAUGACAUGCUGAAGAAUGUGACGUCGUCAUCCUCACACGACCAUAUGUGGCAGCAAAAACUUCUGGAUAGGAUCACCCGGGAGCUGGGUAUUUUGGCUCAUCAGCUCUGUGAACACCCUGGCGCCUUUACGGCGUAUCCGGCCACUAAUUAUUCGGCGUCUGGCAACGCUGUCGAGGCCCCACAAUCUUCGGCGCCGUUAUCUGUUUCUCAUCGACGUCACAUUAUUCCCUCCACAACUAUGUCUGACCAUAGCCUCAAAAAUGCCACGCCGGAAUUAGACCCGAAAUUCAAUCCUACGCUGCAAGAUACCCCUCUAUUGAGCCAUGAUGCUCUCUGGGGCAUCGAGGAAGAAGGCCCACCGUGCGCCAAGAGCCCCCCGCCUGGGGAAAGCAACACGCAAGCGGAUGGCCAAGCCGACCCUUCCAAGUUAGAGCACGCGUGCGAGGACUGGGAACGGGAACUUGAUAUGAAGAUGGUUUUCAGGUAUAUCUUCAGAAGCCUUGCGGGCAAAAUUCCUGUGUCGAAGACCGGAGCCAGCACGCCAACAGCUUCCGCCUCGCAGGAAGAUGAGAAACAAGACGCCUCGUAUCGUGCCGCUAUCAUAAAGCAGCAUCACCCAUUGGUAGCACGCGCUGACGCUCAGGCCCGCUCUCAGCGUACGUACAUGAGCCAUUGUCAGACCAACUCUUCAGUCCAUGGUCUUCCACCCCACGCAACAAUGGGCACGCAAGCUAGUCUGGCAACGAGAAACAACCGCCCUGCUUCGACCCCUGUUCUCUUCCAUCAACUUCACCGUCCCGGCUCCAGCUGUGCUAGCCAGAGCACCUUGCUGUCUUCAAAAAAGGGUCCACUUGGCAGUGGGUCGAGCAGACAUUACUGGGACAUUGGGGGAAGCGUAGGCAGCGGGAGUGCCAUUGUUACUGUGGGCGCUGGUGGCAUGGGGAAUUGGGGGGACAUUUAA